AUGUCACCAGCAGCGCGAGCGCUGCUCGUGCAAACUUCUCAGAGACCUCGAUUGGCGCUGCAGAGCACUGGACACAUCGUCGUGCUCGCGAGGAGCGAUCAUAUCUGCGAGCAUUCACGAAACGACCUGGGCGCAUCUGCCUCCGCAGCACAUAUAUGCUCUCGGCACUUUUCGCGCUCGGCAAGCCGCUCACUGGCGGGCUCACCGAAGGCUGCGGCGCCUAUGGUCAGGCUGAACCGUCAGGUGCUACCGCUGCAAGGAUUUUCGUCAUCUAGACUGUCUCAGAUGCAGGGGCACAACGGCAGUCAGCCAAAGAGCACUUCUUCCAAGGUCAACAGUCGGAAGGCCAAAUUAGCGGCGAGACGUGCAAGUCUUUCAAGACCUGUAGCUCCUCGUUCCAGAGCAAGCGUGAAACGUGAUGCGCCAGCUUCGUCAUUUGAAGAUCACUUUGUUCCGCUCAAAGCCUCACCUUCAUCUUCCAAAUCACACAUCACCUCAGCCGAGGAUCUGUGGUUUCAAGAUUCUCUAACGCCAAGCUCUCCUUCUGGAUUACCAGCUGGCAGCAAUGCUCCUUCGUCGGGCUCAAAAUCGCCUCCUCCAUACGCAGCCCAGUACCCAGGGUCGUCUUACACGUCAAAUUUGAGCAGGGCGAGCAGAGCCUCCGGGCUCGCUCCACACCAACUGCCGCGCGCACCAGCCAGAAGGACACUAGCACCAAAAGAGUACGCCUCUUGUCAAUUGGUUGCGCCUGGACAUUUGACAGAGGAGGAAAGAAUAGUUUGGAGCGCAGAGGAGAAUGGCAGGGAUAGAAAGGGCGGAUGGGUCGGGCCGGACAAGGCUAAAGAUCAUUGGCAGGAGACCGUGGGAGGAAAGAUGAGCGCGAUGGAGAGACCGGUCGAAAAAGUCAAGCCGCUGCGAGAGAUGCACACACCCAGGCUGGCUCAUAACCUUUCUCGCGUACUGUUCAACCCGGGCGUCCAUUGGCUGAAAGAUCCGAGAUCUGGCACGUACAACUUCGAUCCGUAUUUGCGGCACAUUCCGGAUGUCGACUUGUUCGACUACGACAGUCUGACGCCUUACCUCACCUCCUCCGUCGAUCCCGAGCUGCGCAAGAUUACGCGGAGGGAGAGAGCCAAGUAUUGUGGAAGCACAAGCAGCAUGACAACGGCCAUGUCACAGAUCUACUUCCAUCUGUCUGGUAACAGGCAACCUGACUUGACGGGCUUCAGCGAAGGUCUGAAAGGUACGGGCUGGACCUUUGCAACGCGCAUGCCUGCCAGUAUCAGAUUGAAGAAGCUUCAGGGCAAAAGUGAAGAUGGGAGGCCAUGUUUCGCAAUCGACCAAGACAAGGAAUCGAGCGGGGAACCAGAGGAUAGCAACUACGUGCUGACUCAGCUGGGCAAGAGUCUCGAGAAGCUCCUCACUUCACCGCCCGAUGUCUACGAAAAGCACCUGCGCAUCAACAGCGACAAGUUGUCGCCCCAGGAGAGGAACAGACCGGAAUCGUAUCAUUAUGCUAGGAGCGGAGGCAUCGUCAUGCGAAGUCAAUUGGACUGCAUGGACCCGCGUCUUCCUCGUCAAACGUUCGACUUGAAGACGAGAGCGGUGCACGCUGUGCGUUUGGAUAGGGCCAACUGGGUGGAGAGCGGCGGCUACCGGUUACGCAAGCUCAAUGGCGCAUACGAGAGCUUUGAACGAGAGCUGCACGACAUGGUACGAUCCGCUUUCCUCAAGUACUUUUUCCAAGCCAGGAUAGGUCAUAUGGACGGCAUCUUUGUCGCGCACCACAGCACCCUCGCAAUCUUUGGGUUUCAGUACAUCCCGCUCGAGGAGAUGGCAACGAGAAUCUUUGGGAGUAUGGAAAUGGCAGAGCAGAGUUUCCGACUUUCCUUGGCCAUGCUCGAAGAGAUUUUGGAUGCUGCUACUGCGCUCUUUCCGGGACAAGGUGUGAAAAUGACGCUAGAAGCUCAUCCUCAUCUUCAGGAUGCUUUGCAAGUCUUUGUGGAGCCGGACUUCGACGCGGGUAGUCUCAAAGCUGCGCAAGCUCGCGAAAGUCAGAACUCCGAGAGCGAUCCGGAUGACGAAGCAUUCGCCGUCUUGAGUGAGGCUAUCGACACAACGAGUGCGAUCCAGAAGGAGUUGAAAAAGGGGCCCAGAACCAUCGCCCAGCUCGAAGUGCUCAUGGAUAGGUAUCUGGAUGGCAAUCUUGUGCGCGGACCUGUGGACUUUUCAAAAUUGCCUGGAAGGAGCGUCGAUGUACGAUCAGAGAACGAGAUCUUGAAGAGAGCUCGAGAUGCUUUGAAACCCGUCGACUGGCAAGUCGAGUGGUCGAUCAAUCCUCAGCCUCAUCUUAGCGAAGCGACCAUCCGGCGCAAUCUGGAAGAUGUAAGAGCUCGACAGCAAGCCUUUGCCAAUCUGAGCCUACCAAAUGCUCGAGCGCUCGAUGAUCGAGACGAAGAGCUGCUGCAGACCCUCGCUUCUAAUCCUGAUGCGCUCAAGAGGUUCCUGGAGGAGCGUAGCAAGGGCAUUGGUCUGCCUGCUGCUCCCGGGCAGAGUCGAAGUGGGCCCGAAGCUUCUCAAGCCAAGGACUCUCACGCAUCUUCGUCCACAAGCACGCCUAGCAACGGCAAGGGCAUGCCCGAUGCCGCACCCACAAGCAUCUUUUGGAAAGAAGCGACGUCGGACCAGAUCAACAUGCGAGCCUUGGCGCGAUUGGGAGCGAGAGAUACGGCGCUACAGGAAGCUGAGGAUCGCUUCGAUAUUUGGAAGCCUGAGAGCCCGUUUAGAGUGCACAAGCAGGCUUAUGCUAAGCCUGCCAGUGUCACUGCUGAUGAUCUCGCCACGGAAACGCCCACCCGGGAUCCGUCCUUGCAAGCUCCUACUUCCGCGGGUGAGUCAUAA